AUGGCUUUGAGGGAUCCAGAAAAAGCGAUUGGAAUUGACAAGGAGGUUACAUCUGCCUUGCCAUUUAAUUUCGCUGGAGAGAAUCUAGCUGAUAGUAAGGAAACCAACAUUGUUACCUGGGAUGGACCAACAGAUCCUCAGAACCCCAAAAAUUGGACCACCAGACGAAAAUGGAGGAUGACCCUCAUCGUCUCUUGUUUUGCUCUCCUGUCGCCGUUGACCGGUACUAUGAUUGCACCUUCAGCCAAGUAUAUCGCUUCCUCUCUACAUACAAAAGAUUUCUUCAGCAUCGAUCUCGUCUCGUCUAUCUUCUUACUCGGUAUCGGAUUCGGACCUUUACUUCUUAGCCCAAUCUCAGAGAUAUACGGUCGGGUACCUGUAUUACUUCUUGGAAAUAUAUUCUUCAUAUUGUGGAACACCGUUUGCGGGUUCUCAAGAAAUGUCGGUGAGCUCAUUGCAUUCCGCCUUCUCACCGGAUUCGGAGGUUCUGCUCCUCUAGCCGUAGGGGGUGGGCUUGUUAGUGAUCUUUGGCUGCCAGAACAGCGCGGACAAGCGUUAGCAAUAUAUACCGCAGGGCCACUUCUAGGCCCAGCAAUUGGUCCAAUCAUCGGAGGAUAUAUCACGGAGGACGCAUCAUGGCGAUGGAUAUUCUGGGUUGUGUCAAUAGCAAGUGCAUUUAUUGAAAUUCUUGCUCUUUGUUUUCUUGCAGAAACAUACCCCCCCAGCAUUCUCUCCCAGAAAGCAAAACGUUUGCGAAAAGAAACAGGAAAUAGCAAUCUUCGAACCGAGUAUGACGACCCUGAUAGAACUUUAUGGAAGUUGUUGAAGACAAAUAUGAUACGACCUUUCAAAAUGAGCACUCAGAUCAUUAUCCAGUUCCUCUCGGUCUACAUGGCCGUACUAUAUGGCAUAAUGUUUUUGGUUCUUUACACUUUUCCAUUGCUUUGGCAGAAUUACUACCACGAAUCAACUGGCACUGGUAGUUUGAAUUACAUUGCGACUGGUAUCGGAUUCACUCUAGGUGCUCAAGUUGGCGGUAGAUUAAAUAACUCGAUCUACAAAAGACUCAAGGGCGAUAAACCUACAGGUGUACCAGAGUAUCGUGUGGCUUUGAUGCUCCCUGGUUCUAUCUUAUUACCCAUCGGCCUCUUCAUUUAUGGUUGGACAGGCCAAUAUCACACUCAUUGGAUAGCUCCAAAUGUUGGAAUAGCCAUAUUUUGUGCUGGGGCAAUCAUGUGCAUUCAAGGCAUUCAGACUUAUACCAUAGAUGCUUAUUCUCGCUAUGCAGCAUCUGCAAUCUCUACACUUAAUGCUUUGAGGAGUCUAACGGGAUUUACAUUCCCAUUGUUUGCACCGGCCAUGUAUGAAAGACUAGGUCAUGGUUGGGGAAACAGCCUCUUAGCAUUCAUAUUGUUAUUUCUUGCCAUUAUAGUUCCCGGAUUUCUGUUGAAGUAUGGGUCAUUACUUCGAAAAAAGAGUGCCUAUGCAUCCGGCGAGUAG